AUGCAGCCUCACGAUGGUACUGAUGGCAGUAUGAAUGAUCGAAACACGAACCUUUCAAAAGAAAGUUUCAGAGAACAAGAUAUGUAUUUUCCAAUUGUAAAUGUGGCAAGGAUAAUGAAAAAUACCAUAUCUCAAACAGAAAAGAUUGCAAAAGAUGACUGUGAACUCAUCAGCUUUAUAACAUCUGAAGCCAGUGAAAGAUGCUAUCAAGGGAAACGGAAGACAAUCAGUGAAGAUAUCCUCUUUGCCUUGUGUACCUUAGGCUUUGACAGUUAUGUAGAACCUUUAAAAUUAUACCUUCAGAAAUGCAGAGGCUAUGAAAGGAAAGGAAUUGGUAGAACAACCACAGCUAUAGAUGAAGAGCUAACAGAGGAGGCAUUUACUAACCAGUUACCAGCUGGCUUAAUAACUGCAGAUGGUCAAUAA